AUGACGACAUGGAAUGCCAGUGAUUAUCAAACAAACAGUGAAUACUAUCAGUCAUUGGGGAAUCCACAUAAUUUUGAUCAAUCGGAUAAUCUUCGUUUGGAUCGUCUUUCAUCGCCUCAAUUUCAUCCAAACAAUGGGAAAAGCAUAAUUUAUUUAAGACGACAAUAUCAUAUGCCUGAUUUACGUGGAUCAACAACAACUUUACACUGGCGCGACUUAGAAACGAACAAGACUGUUCAAUUGACACGUCCAAUUUGGGGUAUACAUGACCAGCAGUUCUUUUGGGUAAAAAAUGAUGCAAUUCUCUUCUUGUCUAAUCGAGCAUCAUCACGUCUAAAUCAAAUUUUUCAACUUAAUCUCACUGAGGAUUUAUCAACGAUAACUACUUUCAUCGAUCCGAUUCAAAUAACAGAUUAUCCAUUGGAUAUUGAUAAUCUUUUAGUUAAUCGACAAGCAUCACGUCUAGCAUUUAGUUGUCAAGUUUACCCAAACUUAACGAUCGAAGCAACAGUUGCUCGACAAGCGGCAGAGAAAGCUAGUGGUAUUUCAAUUCAUGAAUUCGAUAAACUAUACAUUCGACAUUGGGAUGAAUAUAUGACAGGUCGACGUCAUCAUCCAUUUCUUGUUGAAAUCCAACGACAAAGCAACAGAAUAUUCAGUUUUUCAUCGUCACCAAUCGAUGUACUUUUCGAUGUAGAUAGUGAUUCGCCAACACGACCUUUCGGUGAUGCUAAAGCUCAAUGGUCAUUUAGUGCAACUGGUAAUUCGUUUGCAUAUACUCGACAAUAUGAUGAAACGAGUGAAGUAGCUUGGUCAACCAAUUUAGAUAUCUAUACACUUGAUUUAAGUACAUCUGGAGAAAAGAGUGUGUGUAUUACAUGCAAUAAUCCAGCAACCGAUACCGAUCCAUCUUAUUCGCCAACAGAUGAUAGUAUAUUGGUCUAUCGAUCACAUGUAGUUCCAGGAUACGAAGCUGAUCAAUAUAAAAUUAAAGUAUACAAUGGAUCGGAUUCGACAAUAACUCUUCUCGACGAUUGGGAUCGAAGUAUUCAAGUUGUAACAUGGUCUAUUGAUGGUCAAUCUCUUUAUCUUGAAAUCGGCGAAGAAGCAGAAAAUGUUAUCUACUUUAAAUCCAAUAUAUUUACGAAUGACUUGCCCAUUGUUAUAAUUAGCAAUGGUACUUCGCACAAUAUCAAUCUUCAUCCUACUGACAAUCAAACGUUUGUUUUCACACAUGAAAGUAUCCUUGAACCGGCAAAUAUCUAUUUAUAUUCGUCAAAUGAGUCAAUUCAACCCCUCACUGAUCAUAAUAAAGCUCUAUUGGAUAAAGUAAAAAUGAGUACCGAAGCCAAUAAAUUUUCGUUUACAGGUGCUCAAGGUGAUACGGUUUGGGGAUGGCAUAUACCACCGGCGAAUCACACAAGCAAUUCAGCUCCUCUAGCUUUUCUCAUCCAUGGUGGUCCACAAAGUAGUUGGUAUAAUGCAUGGAGUUAUCGAUGGAAUUUUCAAUCGUUUUCUUCUCAAGGCUACGCUGUCAUUGCCAUCAAUUUUCAUGGUUCUGAUUCAUAUGGACAGAAUUUUACAAACAGUAUUACAGGUCAAUACGGUUCUUGGCCUUACGAAGAUCUUCAAAAAGGACUUACUCAUGCUCUGAGUGCUUAUUCUUAUAUUGAUCCGAACCGAAUCGCAGCAUUGGGUGCUAGUUAUGGUGGAUAUAUGAUCAAUUGGAUUGCUGGACAACCAGAGAUGAGCGCUCGUUUUAAAACACUCAUUUGUCAUAAUGGUUUGUUUGAUAUGAGAGCUAUGGGUUAUUCCACAGAAGAACUAUUUUUCACUGAGUAUGAUGCAGGAGGUUUCACUCCAUGGACUAAUCCAGCUGCCUAUGAACUUUAUAAUCCAGUUAAUCAUGUUGCAAAUUGGACAGUGCCCAUGCUGGUUAUUGUUGGUGCUCGUGAUUAUCGUGUACCCGAAACACAAGGAAUUAGUGCCUUUACAGCUUUGCAACGCCGUAAUAUCCCAAGUCAGUUACUCUAUUUUCCCAGCGAAAAUCAUUGGGUACUAAACCCACUACAUUCCAUUGCUUGGUAUGAACAAGUACUCGGCUGGAUGGACAAAUACACUAGCAGCUAAAUAUAUUUGAUAUUAUUUCAAUCAAUAAUGUAGUAGGCUUCUUAUAAGAAACUUCUUUCGUUUUGACAUUAUAUUUUACUAUCUAUCAAAUAAGACAUAUAAACGAUGAUGAAAACUCGAUUUUUCAGUAUUGAAUAAAUGAAUUGUUUUUUUUGCUCAUUCAUUAUACUAACUGCAAUGAUUCCCAUCUUAAAUAAAGAAUUCCAAAUUAUUCACACUCUUAUCGAAUUAUCCUAAGCUAUAUGUCUCGCUCGAACGAGAAUCUCUUCUUUAUUUGUUAGAAAUUUGUUGGAAAGUUAAUGAAGUGUGGAUUUGUCAAAAAUAAAAAAAAAAACUCGUUCUAUUAAGUGAUUGCAUUACUCGAUUAUAUUUUAGAAACAUUGCUGGAUGUGAAUUUGCCGUUGUUGCUCGAUAUUCUGCUUUCGUAAACUCAAAUUGUGUAUCUAUUGGUUCACUGGAUUUGAUAUUUUGAUUGUUGACCUUCGCUAAUAAAUUGUUUGUUGUCUUUGUAUAUGAAAAGAUCAAACUACUACUGUUUUUAAUCGUUAAAUCAUUUGAACUAAGAUAAAAACUAAUUGUAAGGAGCGAGAUAAUCAUGGUACAAUGGAGCAGUGCCUCAGUAUUUGAGAGUUUUCUUGAUGAAAAACAAUGGAUCUGAUCAUAUUUCUGAAUUGAUUGUCAUCUAUGGAACGAAGAGUCACAUUUUUUUUAGUCAGAUAAGCAUCUGAUGAAACCAAGACAAUCUUCAGUUUCAAGCAUUCGUCAUUUAUUCGAAUAUCAAUGACGCCAUACACUGCUGAUUGCUGACUGUGUGAGCUGUCACCGACCUUUAUAUGUAAUGAAUAUGUGUUCGCGAUGCGAUAACAUCUUGGUGAUCUGCAAAGACACUGAACUGGCUCAUGUCAUUUCACUCGACAUUUCUCAUUUCUAGCCGAAAUCUUGCGACCAUAUCGAUAGAUGUAGAUUCCCGUGUGUGUGAGAGUAUUUUUUCAUUAUUCACACCCGUCACACUCUAUCUCGAAUGAUUAAUUGGAAUAUAUUUUACCAAACAAUAUUGGUAAAGAAAAAUAUAUAAAAUAUAAAACUUUUGUCGAGUGAAGUUUGUAUAAGAAAGAAGAUCUUUUUCUGAUUAUAAAUUUAAAAAAGAAAUCAGAAUAAAUUUUUAUUAAAUCUUCAAUGCACUUAUUUUUGUAUUUUUUCUACAUACAAACUUUUCACUCAUCUAUUGAAAUAUAAAAUAGAAUAUUGUGUUUGAUCUCAAUGGACAAGUAAGAAAUGCUGCAUUAAGAUUUAAUCGAAGUAUCUUUGAUUCAACUGUUAUAUUGUGUUUAUGACGUACAUCUUCUUCGUAUGCUAUCAUAAGAACUUUCUCUCUUUACCUAUAUGAAUUUAUAUAUACACUAGCGCGUACUGCAUGAUAGAAAGCUGCGAAUCCUUCCAGACUCGGAGUCUUGUCUGGAUCCAGCCAGAUUCAUAAACACGUAGAUCCGUAGCUCUCUUCGGAUUUUCUUUGUAUCGCAAUCAUGAUUAGAAAUAUCAUUUACACAGUACACUAGUAUACACUUCUUUCUCUUAUGUUGUUCUGUGCAUAUUUUUCUCUUAUUAUUUUUUCUUUUUUCUUCUCGGGCUCUCUCUCUCCAUAGUUGUUCAGCAGUUCUAUUGACUAAAAAAAUACAAUAAUUCUUUUUAUUUACAAAUAAAUAUGAUUGUCUUGUUUAGAAAAAAUUGUUUGAUAUUUAGUGAAUGUAAUUUAAUUAGAUUAUUCAGUUAUCAUUACAUUAUCAAGUUGCCGAUAAAGAUAUUGAAUACUUUCUGUGAUCCAUUAUUCAAUAAUUAUUAAAUGUUUCCAUUACUACUACUAAGUAAUAGAACUCUUCAUUAUCGCUAGAUUUACCACUCAGUACAAUCGAAAGAUUAGUGAAGUAUAAAUAAAUAUAAAAUAAAAUUUGUAUCGGUUUCUUCUACUAUUUCUAUAUUUCACAAAUAAUUACAGUAUUUGUCAUCGAAUGGAUCAUGUAAAUAAUCGAAUCUUUGAAAAUUUUUAAAGAAAUUAAACAAAACCUUUUCUGAUAACGUAUAUUCUUACAUUAUAUUUUAUAAUAAGAUUUUUUUCAAGAUAUUAUUGUCCAAUCAAAUUUAAUAUGAUUAUUAUGAAAAAAAAGAAUAUAAAUGUAUUUGGAGAAAUUCAAUAGUAGUUGUCCAGUUAAUCAUAGAAAACGAAUAGAAUUUGUUUCAUUCUUAAUAAGUUAUUCAAUUUUUUUUUUUUUGUGAUAAGUAUAUUUAUUGAAAACAAUAUUGAAUUAACAAUCGAAAUAACAAGAAAAUUAAUUAAAUUAGAUAAAGUUAAAAAAAAAAGUGAAAUAAUAUUCUCAUAUAAUUUUAAAGCAUGUAGUAAUAUACGAAAUGAUGUAUUUUAGUAUAGUUCGAUAUACUGAAUUUGAUAUUCAAAAUUUUAAUCAUAGUUCAAAUGAAUCAAAUAUAUUGGGAAACAUCUUGUAAUUUUUCUUAGUAAUUUACAAAUUUGAAGAUCAAAUAAUUUUCCUUAGACCACAAGUUUAUUAUUAAAUAAAAUAUAAUUCAUUGUAAUUUUUAAUAUGUGAUAUUUUUUUUUGUUUUGAAUUUCAAUUCUGAAUAUCAUUCAGAGAAUUUCAUUGAUUAAACUAAUAUUUCUUUAACAAUGUUAUGUUUAAUAUGUAUGAAAAAAGUCAUAUUUAUUUAAAUUUAUGAAAAUAAAUUCAUUUUAAUUGAAAAUCUAUCUUAUUUGAAUAAAUAUAUAUAUUAAAAACAUUACUAGUGCAACCUACAACGGAUUUAGAUGUAGAAUAUCUUUGUCCUUAUCAAGUAUCUUAUAGUAGUAUAUUAAAUAUGUAAUCUGAAAUGUAUCCAAUAAGAAGAAAGUAUUUUUUUUUUUUCAAAAAUUUAUAAUUAUCAGAGAAACACUUAAUUUCGUUUGUUUCUCUGCUCUUAAUAUUUAUUUCUUUUAUUUUCAUAUUAUCAAGGUAUUGUUUAAUCUUGCUAACAAUGAGAAGCAGGAUGAAGACAGUGAAUGUACUACUGUUUGGUCUUUAAUUCGAUUUGAUGAGAUCGAAAAAGAUUUUCUUUUAAGGUAAAAUCUCGAAAACUUGAUUUAAAGUUCGAUUGACUAUUUUUCUUUGAAAAAGAUU